CCUAGGUAAAACCAACCCUACUAUGUUAACCCUUCAAAGAGCUAUCAACAAUGGCGAAAACGAUCAAAACCUCGACGAUCAUCACCACGGUCACGAUGCUCAUGAUCAUGAACAUAUCAGGGACAUCCAUGCUUUGACCCCACCUCAUCCUCCGACCGUGAACCGUCGCCGUUGGGACACCGCCAGCCGCCCUUCGUCGUCGUCGAGCGAAGUUGCCUCGAGCGAAAACUUCACCACCAUGAGUCGAGAGUUUAAUGCUUUGGUUCUUGCUGGUUCCUCUAUAGAAAACAAUGAUUCGGAUUCUAUACAUACUUUGAACAACCAUAGUCACUUGACGAGGAUCGGAGAGGACCAUGAACUGCAUGAGGAAACUAAUCCUUUAGCUAUAGUGCCGGAUAAUACUUACUCCGAUCAGGGUUUGGAUCAACAAAGACGGGUCGGUUCAGGAGAGCCGUCGCAUCCGGCGACGGUGGGGAGUGGCGGCGGCGGUAGCCAUGGGGAGGUAUCGGUGUUGAGAGUGAAGAAAGAGGAGGUGGAGUCGAAAAUAUCUGCUUGGCAAAACGCUAAGGUUGCAAAGACUAAUAACAGGUUUAAGAGGGAGGAUGCUGUGAUUAAUGGGUGGGAAUGUGAACAAGUCCAAAAGGCUACCUCUUGGAUGAAGAAAGUUGAGAGGAAGCUAGAGGAGAAAAGGGCAAAAGCCCUAGAAAAGAUGCAAAACGACGUCGCAAAAGCACACAGGAAAGCGGAAGAGAGGAGAGCAUCAGCCGAGGCAAAUAGAGGAACAAAGGUUGCAAAGGUUCUUGAAAUUGCCAAUUUGAUGAGAGCUGUAGGGCGAUCACCUACAAAACGUUCCUUCUUUUGAGACCCUUAAUUUUAUCUUUACAUUACCCAAUAUUAUAUACAUGUGUACUUUAAUUGCCUCUUUAAGUGAGCGUACCUUCAUCUUUUCAACUGUAGGGUACCCUAUAAUAGAGGGCUUGCAAUCAAGAGUUGCACCUAUAAUCAACGUAUAUACAUUCUAUUAUGUAUGUAUGUGUUGUAUGAUGGUUGAGUGCAUGAAGUGUGGUGAGAU